GAGCUUACAAUGCUGCAGUGAAGGCCAUGCUGGAUUUAAUUGCAAUUUUUCUACUUUUUCUCCACCCCUUCACUUCCUUGUGCUGCAGACAGUCACCUAUGAUGCCAAUGAUUCCUCCGAUGGGAGGCGGCUUUGGAAUGGGUGGCUUCCCUACAAUGGGCGGUUUUGGCCUUGGAUUUCCUUCCAGUAAUAUGUUUGGAACCGGUUCAGCCUGGGCAGCGAGCGGAGGGUUAAUCGGCAAUGCAUUGGCAUUUCUUCUCGGUUAACAAGUGUAACAAAUGUUAUGCAGUUAUUCGCUACAUUAAAAUUAGUUUUUACUCAAUCAACUGAUUCUAGUUUGUAGUAGCACCAUGCAAAAUCAGU